UUCUUUUUCCUUAUAUUGUUAUAAAUUCAAUUUUGAAAUUAUUUUAGGUGUAAUAAUUUAAAUCGAAAUAGGACGGAAUGAACAUCUUUAUUGCGAAUGGAGAAUAGUCACACUUAAAGGCACAUUCUAUCGAAGGAAUUCAUAAAAGUUGAGUGCAUUCCUCAUUCCUGAAACUGGAAAACCAAUCUAAAGCUCUGUCUCUGCCCAGAGAAGCAGCCGCUGAGGCAGUUUUCAGGAUUAUGGAAUGGCAAGGACUUUUUUGUUCAAACAAGUUGGUGGAGACCUCUCGUUUCUCAACUCAUCCCCCUUCGCUAAACUCUUGGAUUCGUGCAUUAGCUCCAAGUCAGCUGGUGAUGUGGGUCGUGUCCAUGCCAGAAUCCUCAAAACCCAGUUCAGGCAUGAAGUUUUCAUCAACAACAGGCUCAUUGAUGCCUAUGGGAAAUGUGGGGUUUUGGACAGUGCUAGAAAAGUGUUCGACAGAAUGCCUGAUAGAAAUAUCUUCACGUGGAACUCAAUUAUUGAUCAGCUUAUGGUGUCAGGAGGACUAGUUGACGAGGCUGAAAAGCAUUUCCAUUUGAUUUCUGAACCUGAUCAAUGCUCGUGGAAUCUAAUGGUUUCCGGGUUUGCUCGUCACGAGUUCUUCAGUGAGUCACUUGAGUAUUUUGUGAAGAUGCAUUCAGAGGAUUUUAAGUUUAACGAUUACUCUUAUGGCAGUGCACUUAGAGCUUGCGCUGGACUCAGGGACUUUAAAAUGGGUACUCAAAUCCACGCUUCGGUGUCUAAAUCUUUCUACGCAUCGGAUGUUUUCAUCGAGUCUGCCCUUAUUGAUAUGUACUCAAAGUGUGGGCGUGUGAGUUGUGCUCAGAAGGUUUUUGAUGGAAUGAAACAGCGCAACGUGGUAUCCUGGAAUAGUUUGAUUACCUGUUAUGAGCAAAAUGGGCCAGCAAAUGAGGGUCUAAUUGUCUUUCGGAACAUGAUGAACUGUGGGAUUGAACCAGAUGAAAUGACUUUGGCUAGUGUGGUCAGUGCCUGUGCGAGCUUGAAUGCAGUUAAAGAAGGUAAAGAAAUUCAUGCGCGUGUCAUAAAGUUCGAUAGAUUUAGGAAUGAUGUCAUUAUAUGCAAUGCACUGGUAGAUAUGUAUGCAAAAUGUGGCCGAAUUCUUGAGGCAAGGUGUAUUUUUGAUAGGAUGCAAACAAGAACAGUGGUGUCAGAGACUUGCAUGGUUAGCGGUUAUGCAAAAGUAGCAAGUGUGGAAUCUGCUAAGGCAUUGUUUGGCAGAAUGAUUGAGAGGAAUGUAGUAUCUUGGAAUGCACUGAUUGCUGGUUAUACACAGAAUGGGGAAAAUGAAGAGGCACUGGGGCUUUUUCUUCAAUUAAAGCGGGCAUCUGUCUGGCCAACACAUUACACUUUUGGGAAUCUCCUGAAUGCUUGUGCAAACUUAGCUGAUUUAAAACUGGGGAGACAGUCUCAUGCCCAUGUUCUUAAGCACGGAUUUCGGUUUCAGCAUGGCCCUGAGACUGAUAUAUUUGUUGGGAACUCUCUUAUAGACAUGUAUAUGAAAUGUGGUUCAGUUGUGGAGGCCAAAAUAGUUUUCAAAAAUAUGGUUCAAAGGGAUUAUGUUUCGUGGAAUGCCAUGAUAGUUGGGUAUGCACAAAAUGGGCAAGGAACUGAGGCCAUUGAAUUUUUCAGGCAGAUGUUGAAGGCCGGAGAAAAGCCUGACCAUGUCACUAUGAUUGGAGUUCUCUCUGCUUGUACCCACGCAGGGUUGGUUGAAGAGGGGCGCCACUAUUUUAAUUCAAUGAAGGAGUAUGGUAUUGAACCAUUGAAGGAUCACUUUACUUGUAUGGUUGAUUUACUUGGUAAAGCGGCUCGUCUUAAUGAAGCCAUGGAUUUGAUUAAAACAAUGCCUAUGCCUCCUGAUGGUGUGGUGUGGGGUUCUCUGCUAGCUGCAUGUAGAGUUCAUGGAAACAUUGACAUGGGUAUAUUUGUUGCCGAGAAGCUUCUUGAGCUUGAUCCUAAUAAUUCUGGAUCAUAUGUUCUUCUCUCAAACAUGUAUGCUCAACGGGAGCAGUGGACAGAUGUAAAAAGAAUUCGAAAACGUAUGAGACAGCAAGGGGUUGUUAAACAACCAGGGUGUAGCUGGAUUGAGAUUCGGAGUAUGGUUCAUGUUUUCAUGGCUAAAGAUAAGAGGCAUCCACAGAAAAAUGAAAUAUACUCGCUUCUGAAAAAUUUAACGGAGUUAAUGAGGCUGUCUGGUUAUGUCCCUGAUAUCGGUGCUCUUGUUGCUCAUGAGGAGCAGCAGAACUCAGAGUAUAGUAAAAUGCUCUCAAGAGAAUGGUCAGUGUGACAUAAUUCCUAGAAAUCUUGUUAUACAUGCCAUUUCAUGGUGACUUGCUAUUUGCCAUCUAUAAACUUUUUAGAUUGAAAAGUAAGUUUACACGCAAAAACACUUCACGACUGUUUGUAAUAUUACUAUUGUAAGAACUCUUUCAUUAGCAAAUUGACUAGGAACCUGAACUCGUACAUAUGAUGCAGGAUUGAAACACCAGUUGUUAGAAUCAAUUCGAGAAAUCCUGUAGGAUUGUUGGUAGAUGGUUCUAUCUAAUGGUUUGUUCAAAGCCUUGAUGUUCAUCAUCGAAAUACUUCUCCUUUUUCCCCAUCGCCGUAUCCUUCUGUGCUUCUCUUUCCUUCAGAAAUCCUCAAGAUUGAGUUUCACUUUAUAUACAGAGAUAUUAAAUACUAGGUGUUAGACCCGUCCGAUGGACGGGGAAGGCAUAC